AGUGAAUUUUUAUAUUCAAAAAUCCAAAUUGAACGCACAAUCUUAUGCGUACAAGUCAUCAGCUACUCGCAUAUCAGCUGCUCAAUCACUAUUAUAACUGCUAGUAAUAAAAAGGAAGGGAAAGAGCGGGAACUACUUUUGACAUAAAACGGUGCAUAGGACUUCUCAUCUGCUUUUCUCCGUCUUUGAUGAGACCGGCAAUUGAGUUACCAACUCGGAUAGCCCGAGCUCUGGUCUCGGCGUCGAACCAGACAUCGCCAACUCGAUCAUGGACUCCGCAACUCGAGCACACCUUGCACCGUCUCGGUUGCCGCAACUCGUUGAGUCCGCAGCUCAUCUCACGAGUCAUCGAUCCGUUCCUUAUCACUCACCCUUCACUUGCUCUAGGAUUCUUCAAUUGGGCAUCUCAGCAACCGCAAUUCGUGCACGAUUCUAUCAGUUACCAAUCCAUCCUCCGAUCACUUUCGAUCUCUCGCCAGUUUAACGCCAUUGACUCUAUAUUGAAGCAAGCCAAAGCCCAAAACGUCGUUCUCGAUGGCGACACCUACGGCUCCGUAAUUAGCUCAUUGAUACAAGGUAGAAGAACCAAGAACGCAUUUUUGGUUUUCAAUGAGGUUAAGUUACUGAGUCAUCGAAUUGGAGCUGACAUAUGUAACUCACUCUUGGCGGCGUUAACAUCUGAUGGGUAUUUAGACAAUGCCGAGAAGAUGUUCGAUGAAAUGUGUAUGAGAGAUCUUCCUUUUACUACUAUUGGUUUUGGUGUGUUUAUUUGGCGGUUUUGCAGAAACGCUAACCUGGAUCGCGUUUUGCGCAUGCUGGAUGAUGUUAAGAGGGGUAAUUGUGAGAUUAAUGGAUCUGUUAUUGCAGUUUUGAUCGUUGAUGGGCUGUGUAAGGCUUCAAAGGUAAAUGAGGCCAUGGCAAUAUUGAAUGAGUUGAGGAUUCGAUCCUGCAAACCUGAUUUCAUGGCCUAUAGGAUUGUUGCUGAGGCUUUUCGAUCGAAUGGGGAUGUGGUUGAUACUGAUAGGGUUUUGAAGAUGAAGAGAAAGUUAGGGGUGGCACCAAGGGGAAAUGAUUAUAAAUUGUUUGUAUUGGAUUUAAUUUCAGAGAGAAGGGUAAUUGAGGCAAAAGAAUUGGGUGAAGUGAUUGUUAGUGGGAACUUCCCUAUCGACGAUGAUGUAUUGAAUGCACUAAUAGGUUCAGCUUCAGCAAUCGAUCCUGGUUCAUCCUUGAUGUUUUUUGAUCACUUGAUUGGGAAAGGGAAGUUGCCUACUCUUUUAACAUUGAGUAACUUGAGUAGGAAUCUGUGCAAACAUGGUAAGAUUGAUGAGUUAGUGGAGGUUUUCCGGGUUUUGUCUAACAAUGAUUAUUUCGAAGACAAGGAUAGUUACAGUGUGAUGGUUUCAUUUCUUUGCAAGGCUCGCAGAGUUAGAGAAGCUUAUGGGGUUCUUCAGGAGAUGAAGAGGAAAGGGUUUGCAUCAAGUGCCUCAUUAUAUAAUUCUCUUCUGGAAGCAUGCUGUAGCGAUGAUUUAUUGCGUCCUGCGAAAAAAUUAUGGGAUGAGAUGUUUGCAAACAGGUGUGGAGUGAACUUAAAGACAUACAAUAUUCUUAUUGGCAAGUUUUCACAAGUUGGUGAACUUGAAGAAGCUUUGAGGCUCUUCGGCCACAUGUUGGAGAACGGAGUAGCACCUGAUGCUACAACAUACAAGUCACUUCUUGAAGGACUUUGCAAAGAAGAUAAGAUUGAAGCUGCUUUGGACGUUUUCAACAAAUCUGUUCAGCAAGAUGGAAUUCUUUCUCAAAAUACGUUGCGCAUAUUCAUCCUAAAUCUUUGCAGAAAUGGUCAUCUCGUUGUUGCUUCUGAGUUACUUCGCAGUCUCACUGUCAACAAAGGAGUAGGACAUUCAGACUCGCAUGUGGUUUUGCUGAAAUGUUUAGCUGAUGCUAGAGAGAUUUCUAUUGCCAUUGAACAUAUAAAAUGGGUUCGAGAUACCUCAGAUUCAAUGUUGCAAGCUAUAUCUAGAGAGAUUUUAGCCUCACUUUCAUCUUCAUCAAAUCCAGGGCCAAUUUUACAGUUGGUUCAAUCAGCACAAGAGUAUUUAACUUUUGAUGAUGUUUCUUGGAAGGAUUGUGCAGCAGGUCAUGCAUAGGAUGCGGGCACUAUUGUUGGCAUUUUUCUGGCACCUUUUGGUCUAUGAAGGACAACCCUACAGCUGAUCUUGGCUGCUUAUUGCUAGAAAUUGGCUUCCCCGUAUCAUUCACCACAUUGUUGCAGGCAAAUUUCUGUUCUUACUUGCUAAUAGCGACAAUCAAGUAAAGGGUGGACUUGCACCCUUGGACCUCAGAAAACGCCAUUGAGCAGCAAACGGAAGGAAACUAGGAAAGUCUCUGGCUACAGCAAAGCGAAUCUACAUGAGUCACCACCUUCUAGGCACUGAACGACGCAGAAUUCUUGUUAACUUAAGAGAGUGGAAAAUUGUUAUAUGUAUUCGUAUACACAUGAGCCACACGCUGCUCCGUCCUGAAAACAAUUACAUGAAAGAAUGAAGGAAUUUCAAAACUUCGGUUUA